AUGGCUUCCAGGCCACCCCUUCAUCGCCGGCCCCGACAUGUUGCACCCUUGCAGGAUGCAUCCUGGCUUGUGGUCACUCGGUGCAAGACCCUCCCUCACCACGACCUUUCCCGCCCAACCCACCUCCUAGUCCUGCUUGAAGGGCAGUUGAUUUGUCUUUCUUUGUUUGGCGUUGAGGCGACACGGGACAAUAGUUCACGGGAUGAUAUGAGCAAGUACUGA